GGAGAAACGAAGAAUCCACUAACUUUGAUACCAACAAUGUCGUCAGAUAAACAUCCAACAUAUAGGCCUACAAAUGAGGACAGUUGCCAUGAGGAAAUGUAGGGAGAUAGCCUCCAGCUUUGUGUUUGUUGCCUAAUAAAAUCCCAGGCUAGCCCAAAACAUGAUGGAGAGAUGUGUUUGACUGAUUGGAUGCCCUUCUGAUUGACAGUAUGAGCACAGCUGUGGCUUAUCAUGAACUAGGAGAGGCUCUUGAGGGCCCUGAGACACUCACAGGCGGGUCCCUUAGCCUCUCUGAUCAUGAAAUCAGAGACUACUCAGAAAUUGAUCCUUUGCUACGAAGUAGCCGUUCACACAGGCUGCAGUUGGAUAAUGAUAAUGAUGACCACAGCUCACUUUCUGGGCAUAUGCCCAGUGAGUCUGUUCGUGCCAUGCUGCUUCAGAUCCUGGUGCCCUUCCUGCUUGCAGGGAUUGGCACUGUGUCGGCUGGAAUGCUGCUGGAUGUGGUUCAGUACUGGGAUGUAUUUGUGAACAUCACAGAGAUCUUCAUUCUGGUACCCUCUCUUCUUGGUCUAAAAGGAAACCUGGAGAUGACUUUGGCCUCAAGGCUGUCCACGGCUGUUAAUGUUGGAAAGAUUACAAAUCCAAGAGAAAUGCGUAAUUUGGUCAUUGGGAACCUGGCACUCAAGCAAGUGCAAGCCACUGUGCUGGGCUUCCUGGCUGCUAUAGCUGCCUGUGUCCUGGGCUGGGCUCUGACAGAGGACCUGACCGUUAGCCAUGCAUCAGUGUUGUGCUGUUCCAGUGUGGUGACCGCCUUCACUGCCUCCCUCUUACAGGGCAUCCUCAUGGUGGGAGUCAUUGUUGGGUCCAAGAAGAUGGGUAUCAACCCUGAUAAUGUAGCCACGCCAAUAGCAGCAAGCUUUGGAGACCUGAUCACACUAACAAUUUUAGCAUUUGUUGGUCAAGGGCUGUAUGACUGCACUGGUUCGUACCCCUAUGUUUCCUAUGUACUUUGUGUACUCUUGCUCUGCCUGAUCCCAGUAUGGGUUGUAGUAUCUUUUCUACACCCUGAGAGUCGAAAACUGCUGUAUACUGGCUGGGAACCAAUCAUCACUGCUUUGUUUAUCAGCAGCAUGGGUGGACUUAUUCUGGAUAGAACCGUGUCAGACCCAAACCUUGAGGGAAUGGUGGUAUACACCCCUGUCAUCAAUGGUAUUGGUGGUAAUCUUGUCGCAAUUCAGUCCAGUCGCAUUGCCACAUAUCUACACUUCCACUCUGUCCUUGGAGUCCUGCCCACAGAUGCUAGAGGCAACCAUUGCCCUUGCCAUACCUUCUGUGGCAAAGGCCCAAACCAGCGGUCUGCUCAAGUUCUACUGCUGUUGGUGAUCCCAGGUCACCUGAUCUUCAUUUAUGUCAUUCACCUCAUACAAAGUGGCCAAACACCUCUGACGCCCAUCUUCAUUACACUCUUCUUGACUGCUGCUCUUAUGCAGGUGUUCCUACUGCUGUGUAUAGCUAACUGGAUGGUGCACUGUCUGUGGCGAAUUAGAAGAGACCCAGAUACUUGUUCCAUUCCCUAUCUAACAGCUUUGGGAGACCUCUUAGGGACUGCUUUCUUAGCUUUAACUUUCCACCUCCUGUACAUCAUUGUGGACAAGGAAAGUGACACAGGAAACUGAGCUGACUGCUUGUGAAGAUUUACAGCUGCACACAGCAUCAUCUGUACUCCAUCUAGACAUUAUUCUAUUUGUACCUAAUGUCUUUCUAUUCAGGUAGCAUACUCCUGGUUUCAAAUAUGACUAUGGACUUCAACAUAACACAAACAUCAGCGGUUUUGGGGGAAAAAAAAUAUUGUUUUGUGUUAUCAACCUUGUCAUGUGUGUCCUGUGGAGGAAAUAUUUAAUUGUUGUGUGUUUUUAUGUAUGAGUGGCUGAUCCUAGCUCACCAUGUCUCUGUAUUUACCUGUGCCUCCACAUCCCAAUGCUUGUCACUCAGUUUUUUUUUUUUUAUUCCAUGCUGUAUUAUUCCGAUGUAGCAAAUCAACGUAAUAUCUUGUAUAAGCACAUCUUCUAUCCAAAUGAUAUAUUUGUAGUUCCUUUAUUUGAACAAAAUGCCAUUUGUAACCAUUUGUUUGAACAAAAUGCCAUUUGUUAGGUUGGGCCUGCCUGGGGCUCAGUCCUGGCACCCUACAGGUUAUCAGGCCCUGCAGGGGACAGUCAUUCUUGCACAUCCUCUGUAACACACUUUUCUCGUCCUAAUUAUGCUAAUAUAAUAUUAUUAUAAUAAGAACGAGAUAUAAUAGUUAUAGUUAUAAUAAUACUGUAUUCCUUAUUGAACAAUAUGAACAAUAGUAAUAGUGUAGGAUAUCCCUAAAUACUCCACCGUGUUCUUUCUCAUAAGGGUUAAUGGGUUAGUAUCCUUCCAUAAAAUGAAAAUUAAUUGAUGAAAUUUGAUGUUUGGAAUUUCACCUCACAAAACAUGAUGGUGUGAUUUAUCAUUACUUUGAAGUAAUAUAUUACAUUGAUGGUAUUGAUGAUGUGAUAUUGAGCAUUAAUGGGAUGUUUGAUUUUUUAUUUGAUUUUUAAUCAGAUUAUUUUAUUUAAAUCCACCAUUAUUUUAUUUAAUAAUCCACCUGUAGUAAGUAGCCACGUUUACAUGGACAGUUUUUUUGUCAUUCUGAUUAAACUAUUCCGAUUGAAAAAAUCGUGCCGUCUGUUUACAUGGGGUACAAUCUAUUCUGAUCUCUCAGUGCUUUAGAAUAUUUGAUCGGAGGCCAUUGUUGCCUACUUUUCCUUGAGAAGACACAGCAGUCAAUCUGAAUGACUGUAUACAUGGGUGUUAAUUCGGAAUAGGAGCAGACUACACCACCUCUUUCAUUCCGAUUAAAAUUCUGAUGAGAUCAGGAAUUUUCAUUCCUAUUGAGGUGUUUAUAGAAGUGUCCAUGGCUACUGAUUGUAGUGAUUUUCAAUCUGUUGAUACCAAAAACAUAAACAGAUCUUACACUUGGUCAAAAAGUUAUAGUACCUAAUUACAUAAUAUUUGUGUUGCUUUAUUUAUACUUUAUGUGUUAUGGUUUUUAUUAAAGGUUAUUGACUUUUGACCUCAGUAGGCAAAUAAAGCAUCUCUC